CCUCGCGGCGGCGCCGCGGACAGCCGCUCGAUGCGUGAUGACGAUCACAGAUCCUCGCCUGCUCGCUCGCUCGCUCUGCUCCCGCAGCCACAUCACUGAGAUUUUUCUUUUUCAACAAAUCGCUCCAUACAGUGACUGUCCCCCGCCCUACUCUACCCUACCCCCUCCACCCGGCGUUAGCAGGGAACCGCACGGCACGGCUCGACUCGCUGCCAGCACCCCCGGCCCUCCUCCCGGGCUGCCCGAGCCGGCGUUUGAUUGGAUCCGAGUCGGCUAGCCUUUGCCCUCUAACCCCGCCGAUGUUGGCUGGGUGCUUCCUGCUCCCUCCGCUCUCCCCCUGACGGACCGACCGACCGACUGACGAAAGCUCGCCCCGCCGAAGCCGCUCGGCGAAGCGCCCCCGCACGGACACGCAGCCGACCGGGAAGGAGCCGCUCCAGCGCCGGGGAGCCGACGAGAGGACGAGCCGCAAAAGCACACGGGCGGAACAACAACCGGGCAGCCAUGCGGAGGAAAUCCAGGAUAUUGUUAUGCUUUGCGGUGCUUUGGGUGCUGGGGAUAGCCUACUACUUCUACUCGGGGACAGCGUUAAGCCGAAAGGAUGAUUGGGGCUCCAGUGACUCAUCCAGUAGAAGCAAAACAGACGACAAGACUCACGGCCUGGAGACUCUGCCGCCAGGUAAGGUGCGCUGGCAGGACUUUGACCAGGACCUGUAUGUUGGAGCAACGGUGGUCCGACCGGGUCAGGACCCGUACGCCAGGAACAAGUUCAACCAGGUGGAGAGCGACAAACUGCGAAUGGACAGAGCCGUGCCGGACACGAGACAUGACCAUUGCAGACAUAAACAGUGGAAGUCCGACCUGCCGGCCUCCAGCGUGGUCAUCACCUUCCACAACGAAGCUCGCUCGGCUCUGCUGCGGACUGUGGUCAGUGUCCUGAAGAAAAGUCCUUCCCACCUGGUCAAAGAGAUCAUUCUGGUCGACGACUACAGCGAUAACGCGGAGGACGGAUCGCUGCUGGGGAAAAUGGAAAAAGUCCGUGUGUUGAGGAACGACCGCAGAGAAGGACUGAUGCGUUCAAGGGUUCGUGGUGCAGAUGCCGCCACGGCGCCCGUCCUCACCUUCUUGGACUCUCACUGUGAAUGUAACGACCACUGGCUGGAGCCGCUGCUCGAGAGAGUGGCUGAGGACAAGACGAGAGUAGUGUCUCCCAUCAUUGAUGUCAUCAACAUGGACAAUUUCCAGUACGUAGGAGCCUCGGCCGACCUGAAAGGAGGUUUUGACUGGAAUCUGGUGUUCAAAUGGGACUACAUGACUCUGGAUCAGAGGCGAGCCAGACAAGGAAACCCCAUCGCCCCAAUUAAGACUCCAAUGAUUGCAGGGGGGCUGUUCGUCAUGGAUAAGGAUUACUUUGAGCUGCUGGGAAAGUACGACAUGAUGAUGGACGUGUGGGGAGGAGAAAACCUCGAGAUCUCAUUUCGCGUGUGGCAGUGUGGUGGCAGUCUGGAGAUCAUCCCCUGUAGCAGAGUUGGCCACGUCUUCAGGAAACAGCAUCCUUACACCUUCCCGGGGGGCAGCGGGACUGUAUUUGCAAGGAACACCAGGAGAGCAGCAGAGGUGUGGAUGGACGAGUUUAAAAACUUCUACUACGCUGCCGUCCCCUCGGCGAGAAAUGUCCCCUACGGAAACAUCCAGAGUCGCAUGGAGAUGAAGAAGAGAUUAGGAUGCCAGCCGUUCAAAUGGUACCUGGAGAACGUCUACCCUGAGCUGCGAGUCCCGGACCACCAGGACAUCGCAUUUGGGGCGUUGCAGCAGGGAGGAAACUGUCUGGACACUCUGGGACAUUUCGCCGACGGCGUGGUGGGUGUCUACGAAUGCCACAACGCCGGAGGAAACCAGGUAGCGUUACUGCGACGACACACUCAGGAGUGGGCCCUGACCAAGGACAAGUCGGUGAAACACAUGGACUUGUGCCUGACUGUGGUGGACCGAACGGCGGGCUCCCUCAUCAAGCUGCAGGGCUGUCGAGAGAACGACAGCAGACAGAAAUGGGAGCAGAUUGAGUCCAACUCGAAGCUCCGUCACCUGGGCAGUAACCUGUGCCUGGACAGCCGCAGCGCCAGGAUGGGCGGACUCACCGUGGAGGUCUGCAGCCCGAGCCUCAACCAGCAGUGGAAGUUCACCCUCAAUUUACAAUCAUAGGGGGCGCUACCAAACCCCUCCCCUCCUCCCCGCCCCUUCCCCCCCCCCCCCCCCGGGCACAGCUGGAUAAAUGGAUAGAGGCACCAACGGACUCUGAAACACAGAUAAAGAGAUGGAAACUUGAGACUUGAGGAGAAAGACAAACCGAUGGAUAAUCGAUCCCUCGCUUGUCCUCCGCCUGCUGAGAGGUGCUGCCAGUCACGUCUAUACACCUCUCCCCCACCCUCACCCCGCCCAGUGUAACAAAGAGCCACACCGACCCGGGGAGGGGCUUGUAGACCAUAUUGGAGCUGGAUGGUGACUGUGAUGAUCAUGAUGAGGAUAAAAGCGAUGAAGAGGCUUUCCAUCCAAACUACAUACCUCAGUGUUUCUUCAUUGAUGGUUCCAGAGGUUCAUUUUUUUGUUUUACUUACUUUAAUAAUGAUGAGGUAGAACUCUUUUUACCUUGUAAUUGUAUUAUUUUAUUGUUAAUAUUUUUUAUCACUUGCUGUUAACUUUUCACCGAGGUUUCGCAGAAGUUAGGUUGUUUUUUUUCUGUUCUUUAUUGAACGGGACGAUGUUGUUGCUCGUCUCCCCCCCUCUCUCUCUCUCUCUCUCUCUCUCUCUCUCUCUCUCUCUCUCUCUCUCUCUGUCUCUCGCUCUCGCUCUCUCGGCCACCACACCGAGCCAGAGCUCGGGCCUACAGCUAGAUUCUGGAUCUACGUCAGAUGGAGGCUUCAGGUUGCGGUUCUGGGAAUAGAGGGACGUGAAAGGAGGAAAAUAGACUCGAAACUCUUGUGCCCCCCUCAUUUGUUCACAGGAUCGACAGAAAACAGAGGCAACGUGGAGAAAAGAAUGCUGUGAUUUCUGAUUGUGUCUUGGUGAAGGAGGGUGGAGGAGGAAGGGGUGCAUGGAGGAACUUCUCUGCUUUGGAUGGGGCCCUCACAGCCAGGAAGUGUCUUGAAGCCACCGCUCAGGAUUUGCUGUUUGUUGUCGGGCUGUAGCACUGGCUGCCACAGCAGCUCCACUUCUACACCAUUAUGUCUCUAAAGGAACGAUACAAAGGAGAAGAAAAAAAAGUCUCUUAACAAAAAUUGUAUUUUUUGUUUAUUGUCGGUGGAAAAAAAAACGAUAAUUGAACCAAAUUUCGAAUGGAUGUUUUUGUGUUUGAGGAAUACCAGAUGACUGAUUAAAGGAGUUUUUUCUUUACGUACUGUCGCUGCUCUCUAACUGCUGCCUGUGGAGCAGCUCGGUUUAUACAUCUUCUUUGCCUGUGUCUAUUCUUGCCAUCGUAGUACGGUGACUGUACAAACCACACUCACGCAGAAGUUCAUUAUGCAGCUUUUUCCCCUGCGUUGGCUAAAAAAGGAUAUUUGUACAUUUAUAAUAUACUCUCAAACACCUGCCUGAUUCUGCGUGGCACUAGAAGGAAACACCAGCGCUCAUGUGUGACCACCAUUUCGCCUCGAUGACGAGUAAAACCUGGCUUAUACCAGUCUGUGAUCAGAUAUCGGCAAAAAAGAAAACCUGGCAGCAGUCAAAUGUGCGUGCACACCUUUUCUAACCAGCUCCUUCAAGCUGCAUCAACAACCAGUUCCCCACAUUUGCACUCGGUUACAAAUGAUUCCUAUCAGCAUUUUUUUUGUAUUUGUUGUUUCUGUUGGAGGGGCCAUCCAUUCAGAAGUUAGAAACUGCAAUAAACAAGGUUCCACUGUUGGUCCUCCCUCUGUUUCUGCUUAAGGUGAGCAGGUUCUUCUGUUUGAACAAGCAGAACUUCACAGUUUUACCUGAUGCAAAGUACGAGUAAGAACACAAGCUACUUCACACCGUGGAACAAAAUCUCAUUGCCACUUGUUUUUUUUUCUUACUUGAAAUCAGUGUUACUGAUUUACAGCACAUGUUCCUGUUUGCUACAGUUUGUCGCUGGCAGUCUUUCCAGGGCUUCAACAUGAGCUUUUCUGCUAUGUUCCUCUUUAUUGCUGGUCCCUGUAAUAAUAAUUACAGUAACAAUGGUGCAGUUUGGGUUAUUGGUUCUGAUUAAAUUUGGAGGAACACUUGGCAACAACAAACACCAAGGAUCUUUGAACGGAUAAUGAGCACUGUACAAAAGAUAUGGCCCAUAAAAAUCACAUCCUCUAUUUCUGGGUUUAUUCAAGGAAUAAUUGGUUCAUUCAAGUGUUCGUUAAUGUCAAAUCUUCUGUUUUCUUUCUUUCUCUCCAUCGCUCACAUUCACGCCGUUACCUGUAAAUGUUGAUUUCUUUGCUUUUACUGUGUUACCUAAUGGACAAAGACAGCGCUUCAUGCUCGAUGAGCUGUCUGAUACGUCUUCUAUCUCUUUGUUUGUGUGCUGCCGUUUUGUUCCUUGUACCCGUUGGCCUUGUCUCAAACACUCGCACGUCUGUGCGCAGUGUGAGCGGAGUGGAGAAGGUCAACUGAGACUGCGGCAGGUUGAAAAGCCUGCGCAGUGACUUGACAGGUCGCUGCGUUGAGCUGCAAGGCCUGGAUGUGAGGAAGGGCCCGAACCUGAUUUAAUGUUUCAGUUCAUGUCUUUAAUGUUACAUUCUCCACUAAAUAAUGGAAAUGCGUUGUUGUUUUUUUCUACAGACGAACAUGAAACAUUCUCAGUUGUCUUGACUUAAGUAUGUUGCAAAUCGAUAAUUGGAAUGGAAGAUUGACUGUGUACGUUUCCUCAAUUUAUCCACCCAACAGCUUUUGCGGUUCCAUAAUCUGUUCUUUGAGCCUGAACUAAUGAUAAUUUAGUGGUCAGAUCUGAGGUUUGGGCUUUCUUUGGAUAAAAAGAAUACCCUACGGAUUUUGGGUUUAGGUACUUUCAUUUUCUAUCAAUUAUUCCAUUACAUCGCCUUGAUAAGAGUUUGGGUCUUUAAUAGGGUACAUGUGUAAAAAUGGUCUCCUAACUUGAUGUCUUUAACAUCAAAAACUGCAAUGCUCAAGUAUUUGUCUUCAAAUGUUGAUGCUUAAAUGUUCUUGAUGAGAGCCUCAGACUAGAAGUAUCUGCUUGUUUCUUUUGUUUGGUGGUGUAUGGCGCCCUCUACUGACACUUGUGCUUAUGAAACAUAAGGAAAGAAAGACCGACUCAAUGUAGCACAUUUCUGAUGUACAACGCACCGCUGAGAAUUUCCUUUUAGUUUUUUCUUUUGUCAUUAUACUGUAAAGCUGCAGUACAAAGUGAGCAGGCGUGAGAACCAAACUGCGCACAGCUGAGCGACCGCGGUCGGGCUGUCUGCUACAAAAGUUCAGAUAUGUUAUUUAAGGCCUUUCAUUUUUAAAACCAGUCUUAUUCUUGUGAAGUUUAAGGGAUUGUUAUUUUACUUUUUAUUGUUUCUAUAUCAUGCGUAGAGGAAAUGACGCCUCAUUUUGAUUGGACGAUCAUAUGUUUACAUCUUUAGCACAGUGUGCCAAAGUUUUCCUUCCUGUUUUUCUCUGUGUGACGAAGAACCAGGAGGAAGAAAAGUCUUUGGAAAUGCAGCAUGAGACGCAGAGAACUGGUUGCACAUCUGUGGAUGGUAUAUGUUGCCGAUUUCUUUCUCCUUCCAGUUUCAGUUAGACUCUCAUGACAUGCAAAGACAUCUCUUAGCUGCUGCUCUGCUGUCCUCCUUAUCUACGGACAUCUUCAGCAAGCAUUAAAGGGAGGCGUAUAACUGAACACCCAGUCGGUGAACAAGAGCGUCUUCCCCACUGAGCCAGUAGGACUUUAUUCAUACUCAUUGUGUUUUGAGGGGAAAACAAUUAAUCGCUUAUAUUGAUGGACUUUAACAAGAAAAGAGGUGUAAAGGUCCAGCUUGGUGUUCUCUCAGUUUCCCCUCAAACAAGGAGUAGAGUUACAUCCCGGCUUGUCCUAAUGAGAGGUCUGUCUUCCCCCUUCAGCUCACCUUAAAUCUUAAAUCCCCUUUUAGGAUCAACAGAAGAGCCCUCUGAUAUGUGAAAAGCCCUGCUAAGACGUCCUGUUCAGGACGGCUUCAGCUCCUCCGUCUCUUGCUAUAAUUGACUGCAGCGUAAUGUGUGAGUCAGUGCAUAAGAGGGACUUUACACGGCCAUGAGACUAAAUACUGGAAAAGUCUCAUCAACCAGUAAAGACGGGUUAAAGGAUGAAAUAGUAAUCAAUGUUUUCAAGGGGUGAUGUGUUUUUUAAGUGGAGAAAGACUUCAUUAAGCGAUGGGUGGGGUAUGGCACGAGGGGUGUCACACAUGUAAAAGUGUAUAUUUUUGUAUAUACCUACAUCAGUGUGUGUGUGUGUGUGUACACGAUGUACAUAUAUGCACAGUGUACUCUGCUGCAGUUCCUAGUUUUGUUGUCAGACUGUACAGCGCUUCUAACUGUCCCCUGUUUUAUAGAUCCGGCGGAAAUUCAACUUUGAAUUAGGAAAAAUGGUUAACUUAAAUAAAUGCGUUUAUAUAUAUAAAACUGAA